AUCAGACAAUGGAGUUUACUGGUGUGAGUCCAGAGAGGGAGCAACCAGUAACAGCAUCAACCUCACUGUCUCUGGUAAGCUCAGACUGUGGAGUUAGUAUUGAUGAAGCUGUGUGGAAAUGGAUGAAAUGCUGUAGUUUGUCUCUGUGUUGAGGUGGACCAGUGAUCCUGCAGAGUCCUGUCCUCCCUGUGAUGGAAGGAGAUGACGUCACUCUGCUCUGUAAAACAAAGACCACUCCCUCCAUCCUCUCAGCUGCUUUCUAUAAAGAUGGCUCCUUGAUCAGGGCUGAGUCUACAGGUCACAUGACCAUCCACCAUGUUACCAGGUCUGAUGAAGGCCUCUACAAGUGUAACAUCAUCAGUCAUGGAGAGUCUCCAUCCAGCUGGAUCACUGUCACAGAGAAACCUACAACCACAGCUCCUCCCACAUCUAUGUCCCCACCUACCAUCACUACUGAGGCCACACCCCCUCCACCAUCCUCCCUCCACCUUGUCCUCAGACUGGUCUGCCACCUGGUGGUGUUCUGUCCAUACUUCAUCUCCACUCUCCUCAUGGUGUCUUUAUGUCGACACAGACCAACAGGAAGUGAACUCUCAGUCUCCAUGGUGAUGGCUCCACUCUCCCCAGCUGGGCAGGGAUUGGAUGAUGAGUAUUACAACAUCAAUGUUUUCACCACAGAGCAUCACUUCUGAAGAGUCUCUGACAAAUAUUGACC